GUGGAAACUAGUGAGACAGCUUUUCAUUUACACAAAGCAGCGGAUCAGCAGAAGGACGCGGGCCGUUGUCUGUAGCUCGCCUCUCUAGUUUUCUCUUUAGAUAUCCAGGGGAUCAUACGUCGGCUACUAAGCUUGCAAGAUGAGCUUCAAGAACUUUAGGGAGUACCUGGCCUGGCUGUACUACCAGUACCUGCUAAUCACUGGCAUCUAUGUCCUGGAGCCCUGGGAAAAGUCCAUCUUCAACUCCAUCCUCUUCUCGGCCAUUGCCAUGGUGAUCUACACCUCAUAUGUCUUUGUGCCCAUCCAUGUGCGACUUGCACUGGUGUUUUUCUCUGGGAUCUUUGGAGGCCAGCCUGAGAGCACCAUGGCACUCAUGACCUAAACGAAGUAGAGAAUAUUGGGGGAAAGAUGCAGCAAAUGUGUGGAUUAGCAUGAGUCCCCAAAUAUUUCCUAUAACUCACCUCCUUAGCUCAUGGAGCAUUUUGAGCACGUCUUUACACCACGUUCAUCCCGAACCAUGGCGGUCUGUCACCUCAGCUAAUCAAGACUGAAAUCAUGAAGAUCUUAAUAGAAUCAUUUGGAAAUCACAGCCUUAUCAUCCUCCUUAUCCCGAACCGUCUGGCUUUUACCCAUGGUAUUAGACACACAACUGUACAUUACUUUCACUCCCUUGCUGUGAAACAUCUUGUGAAAUGUUGUUUGUCGUAUUUGUUUUUGUUUUUCUCUCAUUAUGUCCUGGGUGAGUGCAUACGACCUCUGGGUUUUUGCAUGAUAGGGCCAUAUGUGGGAAGAACAUUUGCAUGCUCGUCUCACUACAAAAUACAACUAGACUUGUUUCUUUCCAUCAACACUUUUCAGCUACAGCCUGUAAAGGGGAAUCUCAGCGAAUUACUUUGUUGCUUCUAUAAAAUCUGGGGACUCAUUAGAAGCGGAUUAAAAAGAGAGAGAUCAUAAUGAAAGCAGCAGAGGCUGAGAUAUCUUUACUUUUAGUCAAAACCGUACUCUGGAUCGUACAUUUCCCACAAUACAACUCAAUAGGGUCUUUUGGAAGACAGCAUCUUUUAAACGCAACACCCCAAGAUGGCCUCUGUUAAAAAUGUGUAGUCUCCAAACCCAAGCCAAAGCAACCCUUAUUGACAUUAUCUGGGUUGUUUUCAUACUUUGACUGUCCGAAAUCACUAUUUACAUUAUAAUUCACUAUAUUAACCCUCUGCCAUUUCAUAGUGUCAGAAUUUUGAUUGUGAAAUUUAUGCACUAUAUAGUGCCAUCAAAAGUUCAAAAUACUGGAAUGAAAAAGCAGUAUUCAUGGCAUGAAAAUUACCAUUGUGCGAUUCCUCACACCUGCCAGUGAUGACACAAAGUGACAAUGACACUUUGACACUAUUGCGUGUUUGUUAUAUAGAGAGUAGUGAAUGAGUGAACGAGGGGGUGAUUUCAGACACAGCCAUAGGCAAGCACCCUUCAGAGCCACAGAAGAAAUUAUUCAACCGUUUUCACAGUCUAAGUAGGACUCUGUGAUGAGUAAACUAAACAUGAUGUGUAAAAUCGGCGGGGUACCCCUUUGAUUAUGUGUGUUAUGUAUGUGUCUAUCUGCUGCAUCUGUGACACCAUCUGUGACAUGCACUUAAUGUUUAUGGUUGAUAUAUGGUUUUGUAUCAGAACCACAUCACCUUCUUUAGUUGCCAUUAUGCACUGUAAUGCAAACUUGCACAUUUCAAGCCACUGUGUAGUUGAUUUACUGGUGACAAUCUAACGGCAUAUAUGUGUACCAAGCCCUCUUUUAAUCUCCUGUUUUUUAACUGUUGGCAUGUCAGGAAGGUGUGCUCAGCACUGAGCAUGAGCAAAUAUUGAUAUAACGCAACUUUGCAUUUUGGGAUUGGCUUUGUUAUUGACGUAGCUUUACUAAAUGGACAGCCUUUGAACUCAAAGCCAAACUGUUUGCUGUCACAUGUGAAAUGCAAAGACACUGUAGUCAAACUGUCCUGACUGAAAAGUAAAGCCUUCCUGGCCGACCAAUACUACUGUUUUACUUACCUAUAGUUGAUCUAUAGAGAAUGAAGCUGUAAGAGAGAACAAGUCGUAGUGUAUCUGGUAGUUGUUACGAGCAUUGCAUUUAGUUGUGUGCCUAAGAUGAUCUUUGAUUAUUUGUGCUUUGGGUCAAGGGCUCGCUGAUUACAGUCUAAUGAUGAUCUCUAAGUUAAUUUUAUUUAUUUGAAAUUAUAUAUUUAUAUACACUGGUAAAUGCUUGGCUGGUUACAAUGUCAAUUACCAAACUUCUUUGAUUAUUUAUAUCUGUGUUGCCUUGUUGUCAUAAAUAACACUAAUAAUUUGUUCUUUACUUGGUAUCCCUACCUGAAAGUGCUUUUGUAUUGUUCCCAGUUUGUGUGAAUUCAUUUUUGUUAAACAUUUGCAGUAGUUCCAGACAUUUCCUGUACUGAGAAUGAAGAGCUCUCUGAAUAUUUUUUUUUCACCAUUCACCAAUAUUAAUGGUAUAUUUAUACAUGAUAGCAACACAUCACUGCAAUAUUCAAAAAAUAAAGAUCUCUGGAGAUUUAA